AUGUCCUUCCUAAAUGUGACUAUUCCGCUGUCGGUUGAUUUUAGCAGUGCCGGGGAUUAUUUGAUAUUUGUGUAUCAUAUUGUGUUUGCUACAUGUGCUGCGGUGCUGGCGGGUUCUGUAGUGCUGGGUAUAUUGUGCACCCGAGCACUGCGCAUACAGAACCGAUUCAUAUUCAUGCUGAACACCAGCAUAAGCGACACUCUUACCGGCUUCUCUGUUUAUUACCUCGGUUUGUUCGAUGUGCAGGAGGGUUAUCCUUCCAGAAACAGCACUUAUUACAUCCUACCCUCCUUUUUAGGAGUGAAUGUGAUGACUUUUCUGUUUGCGCAGUUUGAUAGGUAUCUGGCAGUGUGCCACCCGUUCUUCUACAACCGCUUUAUUACGCGCGGCUUUAUCAUCUCCUGUUGUGUGUUCUGCUGGGUUUAUACCUACUUAAUCCUGACUAUUCAGAAUGUUCUACCAGUUUCACAAGCAGUUAAACUGAGCGCGUUUGGCGUCAUGACAUUACAGGUAAUAGUAGUCAUUAAAGUUUUGAUGACAGUUAAAUUGUACGUCAUAGCCAAACACCAGCUCGGCCGGGAGGCACCGAGUCCGGAUAAGGACAGCAAGAAAGAGUCACUGCGUCUGAUUGUGUUUGUGGUGAUUUGUUUUCUGUUACUCUGGUGCCCCUCGUUUGUGAAUAUCAUGGUUAGAUACCUGUCAAGUGCCGGACUGCGGUUCAGGAACGAAGCGACCAACGUGUUCGCCAUCAUGGCACGCUUCAACGCGCUCAGCACCCCCGCGCUGUACAUCUGGGGCAGCCCGGCUCUGCGCGCAGCCGUAUGGAGCACCGUGUGGAGCAAAGUGUGCACAGUGUGCCCUACACGCAUUGCAAGAGUGUUCAGCAGCCAUGUGAAGCCAGAAAAGGAAGCAGUGUUAAGCAUCUCACAAAGUUCAACAGAAACACAAGCAGGGCAGUGGUGA